AGAGGAUUGGGCGGAAGAACAUCAACUCUGGACGUGUCGCCAUCUAGAGACUCCGACCGUGUAGAGUGCCCUGUGGGGUUAGAGGUCACACCGAGUGCAGAAGGUCGAGACUGUGUGUGGACAUCUCCAUAGACUCCUCAAUACCAAGCGGGGCCCGGAACCUGAGGAGCCAAGACAACCACCAGGACAAACUAGUGAGAAACCUGAGAUGUCCGGGCACCGAGCUGCGUAAUCCUCCUGAAGAUGGGGCCCUUCCUGCACAACUCUCCAUAAUCUGCAGGACAGUCCCCUGUGUCCUUCUAAAGACCCUGCAGUGCUGACCAUGCUCUGGUGCCCUCGGCUCCUGCUCUCUGCCUUGUGUUGGGUCCUGUUCACAUACCAGACUCCAGUCAAAGCUGACGAGUGCGCAGAGCGGUGUGACCUGUACCACGGACACUGUGACGAGGACGGCGUGUGCAGGUGUGACCCCGGCUGGGACGGUCCAUUCUGCGAGGACUGUGUGAGGAUGCCAGGCUGCGCCCAUGGAGUGUGCCACCAGCCCUGGCAGUGCAUGUGUCUGAGCGGCUGGGCCGGAAAGUUCUGUGACAAGGAUCUGCACAUCUGCGAGCGCUCCAGUCCCUGCCAGAACGGUGCAGAAUGUGUCAUUACCCCCGAGGGUGAUUACUCCUGUAACUGCCUAGAAGCCUUCCAUGGAAAAGACUGUGAAAUGAAGAGAGGACCCUGCGAGACAGAAGGAUUUCCAUGUCAGAACGGUGGGACUUGCCAGGAUGACGGGGGCUUCGCGGAGACCUUCUUGUGCCGCUGUUUGUCCGGUUACGUGGGCAGCCUGUGUGAGACGGAUGUUGAUGACUGUCUCAUGCGUCCGUGUGCUAAUGGAGCAACCUGCAUUGACGGAGUUAACCGCUUCUCAUGUGAAUGCCCUCUUGGCUUCCAGGGACGCUUCUGUACGGUGAACAUUGAUGACUGUGCCGGGCAGCCGUGUCACAAUGGAGGCCGCUGCUAUGAUCGGGUGGGAGACUAUGAGUGUUACUGUCCUGGUGAAUUUACUGGCAAAUCCUGUGAGAUCCCGGUUCCCAGACCCACAUGGGAGUAUGAGACCGGAACGGCUGCGAUGGACCGGGCCACCCCGGCUUCUCCAGGGAGAACAAUUAGUAGCACAAGGUGGAAACCUGGAUCCACCCAGAAGCCCAAGGACUUUAAGAUUUCAGUGAAGAAGGUGGUGACUCAGACAGAACACGGCCUCAGCCAACUGCAGAUCAUCACCAUCGCCGUGCUCAGCGUCAUAACCGUCCUGGUGAUCGUCCUCACCACACUUCUGGUGGUCAGACACCGGAAUCGCAGCGCCUCUUGUUGGUGUCAACAGACUUCACCAGAUGCCAAGACCCAAUAUCACCAAUGUCAGGGGACGUUACAGGAACAUGGGAAGACCACCGAGUUAUGAGAAGUCAAUUUACUUGUCUGGGCCCCAGCAUGGAGACUCCAGGGGCCACACAAUAACUUCAGGGAGAUGGGAGUGAUAAGUGGACCAAGAGCCUCAUGUUUUACAAGAAACCUUCAUAUUUCACUGGGGAGGCCCAGACCGGACCCAUGACCAGACACAUGACCAGUCCCCUCCCUAUCGUCUUAAAAUACUCCUGGGGGAUAUUGUGAGUUAAUAAACCCACCAUAUCAGCAUCUGGGUGUCUUCUCAUAUGGAGCCUCAUAUACAGCUGAAGGUACAUGUAGCAGAGCUGAGUGACAACCAGUAAUGGCCAUCAUUACCUUGCCAACAGCCUGAGCAAGAUGGCUCUGGAUGAGCAGGACUACAGGGGGUCAUCCGUUAUCAGAGGGGCACCCUCUACAGGCCAUGGUAACAUUUAUAGAGGGGGUCAUACAUUAUCGGAGGGGCGCCCUCUACAUGCCAUGGUAACAUUUAUAGAGGGGGUCAAACAUUAUCGGAGGGGCACCCUCUACAGGCCAUGGUAACAUUUAUAGAGGGGGUCAUACGUCAUUGGAGGGGCGCCCUCUACAGGCCAUGGUAACAUUUAUAGAGGGGGUCAUACAUCAUUGGAGGGGCGCCCUCUACAGGCCAUGGUAACAUUUAUAGAGGGGGUCAUACGUCAUUGGAGGGGCGCCCUCUACAGGCCAUGGUAACAUUUAUAGAGGGGGUCAUACAUCAUUGGAGGGGUGCCCUCUACAGGCCAUGGUAACAUUUAUAGAGGGGGUCAUACAUCAUUGGAGGGGCGCCCUCUACAGGCCAUGGUAACAUUUAUAGAGGGGGUCAAACAUUAUCGGAGGGGCACCCUCUACAGGCCAUGGUAACAUUUAUAGAGGGGGUCAUACGUUAUCGGAGGGGCACCCUCUACAGGCCAUGGUAACAUUUAUAGAGGGGGUCAUACGUCAUUGGAGGGGCGCCCUCUACAGGCCAUGGUAACAUUUAUAGAGGGGGUCAUACAUCAUUGGAGGGGCGCCCUCUACAGGCCAUGGUAACAUUUAUAGAGGGGGUCAUACAUCAUUGGAGGGGCGCCCUCUACAGGCCAUGGUAACAUUUAUAGAGGGGGUCAUACAUCAUUGGAGGGGCGCCCUCUACAGGCCAUGGUAACAUUUAUAGAGGGGGUCAUACGUCAUUGGAGGGGUGCCCUCUACAGGCCAUAGUAACAUUUAUAGAGGGGGUCAUACAUCAUUGGAGGGGCGCCUAUAGAGGGGGUCAUACAUCAUUGGAGGGGCACCUAUAGAGGGGGUCAUACAUCAUUGGAGGGGCACCUAUAGAGGGGGUCAUACAUCAUUGGAGGGGCACCUAUAGAGGGGGUCAUACAUCAUUGGAGGGGCGCCCUCUACAGGCCAUGGUAAUAUUUAU